AGGUGGGCUGUCUGCGGGCCAACGUGCGUGCUGGAGGUGGUGGUGAGUGAGCGUGUGGGGGGUGGGGGGGUCCAGACAGACAGACAUUCUGGGCCAACAUCGAUUCAUGGGAGGAAGCUGCGCCGCUAAACAGCUGUUUUUGGUUCCGUCAAAGCAGCUUCGGCCCGGGCCGCAGUCCGCGGUCUCGAGUUUGAGGGCUGGCUGUUGACGCGGAGAAUCGACGGCGUGCAGAAGCCAGUGAAAGCAGACAGCAGCACCAUGGGAGACAGUCGAGAUUCGAGGAGUCCGGACAGUUCGUCAGUGUCCUCCCCACCGUCAGGCCAGCGCUCGCCACCUUUGGCGCAGUCGGCGGCGGCCUCCAUGACCUCCCUGCCUCCCAUCUCCAGCGCAGGGGUCAACAGCCCCAUCAGUAGCACGGGUUCCCCUUUUUCGGUCAUCAGCUCCUCGCUGGGCUCCCCCUGCCUGCCAGGAACGCCGUCGAUCGGCUACGGUCCCAUCAGCAGCCCGCAAAUCAACUCCACAGUUUCCAUGUCAGGACUUCACACGGUGAGCAGCUCAGACGACGUCAAACCUCCGAUAGGCCUAAAGCUGUCGGCGCACAGCCCGGGCCCGAUGCUUUCGCAGAAACGCCUUUGUUCCAUCUGCGGCGACCGAUCCUCUGGAAAGCAUUACGGCGUGUACAGUUGCGAGGGCUGCAAAGGCUUCUUCAAGAGGACGGUGCGCAAAGACCUCACCUACACCUGUCGGGACAACAAGGACUGCAUGGUGGACAAGCGGCAGAGGAACCGCUGCCAAUACUGCCGCUACCAGAAGUGCCUGGCCAUGGGCAUGAAGAGAGAAGUGGCUAAGAUGAGCGACAGAUCCGUUCAAGAGGAGCGCCAGAGGAACAAGGAGCGCGAGGGCGAGGUGGAGUCCACCAGCGUGGUCAACGAGGAGAUGCCAGUGGAGAAGAUUCUGGAGGCGGAGAUGGCCGUGGAGCAGAAGACGGAGCUUCACGCCGACGGAAGCUCCGGAGGCAGCUCUCCCAACGACCCCGUCACCAACAUCUGCCAGGCGGCUGACAAGCAGCUCUUCACCUUGGUGGAGUGGGCCAAGAGGAUCCCCCACUUCUCUGAGCUGGCCCUCGACGAUCAGGUUAUCUUGCUACGUGCAGGUUGGAACGAGCUGCUGAUCGCCUCCUUCUCCCACCGCUCCAUCUCGGUCAAGGACGGAAUCUUACUGGCCACCGGCCUCCACGUGCACCGGAGCAGCGCUCACAGCGCCGGCGUCGGAGCCAUCUUUGACAGGGCGCACAAUGCUGAGGUUGGGGCCAUAUUUGACAGGGUUUUGACCGAGCUGGUGAGCAAGAUGAGGGACAUGCAGAUGGACAAGACUGAGCUGGGCUGCCUGCGCGCCAUCAUCCUCUUCAAUCCAGACGCCAAGGGAUUGUCCAACCCAAGCGAGGUGGAGCUCCUGAGGGAACGGGUGUACGCGUCUCUGGAGACUUACUGCAAGCAAAAGUACCCGGACCAGCAGGGCAGGUUUGCCAAGCUCCUCCUGCGACUGCCGGCGCUGCGCUCCAUCGGCCUGAAGUGCCUGGAGCACCUGUUCUUCUUCAAGCUGAUCGGCGACACGCCCAUCGACACCUUCCUGAUGGAGAUGCUGGAAGCCCCCCAUCAGCUCACCUAGACGAGCGGGAGACCGCAUCGCACAGCGGGUUCGGCCGCCCUUUUUCGCCCGCCGCCUGUUGGGCUACACUCAAUCCAACCGCAGCACCUGCUGGGCUUAAAGUAGCCCUCACACUUGUAGAGAGACACACGCACACACACACACACAAAGACGUGCAGAUCUAACUUGCAGAGGCGACGCGGUUUCAACUACCCACUCAUCUCACCGUUUUUCUUGCACUCGGUCUUUCACCGCUUCUCAUCCGCAUAUACCGUCGACAAUACGCAUAUGACGGCAUUCGUGAUUAUACGCGCCCGUGUAUGUGCACACGGGUAAAUGUCUUAAUCAUCAGUUAGCCUUCAUCUCAGAGCGCCUCUGUAUGUUGGCUCGACCCGGUUUCAUUGAUGGUUGUUUUUAUUUUUUAGCUUCCAAUCAGGUGCGUAGCAUUUCAAUCAACUCUCCAGCGUGUCUCCUUCGCGACUUAAUCCGAAAAGGUGUUCUCCAAUAUGCUUUGUAUUUCCGUGAUCAUGCCGAAACGUGUUUUUUGGGGUUCCUAUCUUGAAGUACUGUACUCAUGAAAUGAGAGCUUUUAUUCCCCCUCCCCCCAAGGCAUUUGAAAACUAGGAGGGAGCACUUUGACUCUUAACGUUGUCCUUCCAUCUCUGAUGUGCGCACAGUACGGCUUUGUAAGACAAACAAAAGAAUGACUUGAAUUUAUCUUUUUUUUUUUUUUUUUUCCUCUUUGUUUUAUUGGUUUGAUGCUCUGUUUCUUGUCUAUUCCGGCAGUCGCUUGGCAGGUUGGCGAGCUUGAGGGAGUUGAGAGCUUCACGCCCGGCGGGGCGGGUUUCUUGUUUUUAUCACCUGGACGUCGUCCUUCGCCGGCGGUCAUUAAUGCACUUUUGUGAGUCGUACCUGUGUGAACAUUUCCUCCCAAUGGCCGCCGCCACUGAGACAAGGUACUCUGCAUUGGCUUCUUCUCUCAAUUCCCGUCUGUUAGGCACGCCGAGCUCGAUGUGAUGCUGAGCAUUUUUUUUUAAGGCUUGCGGUGAAAUGAGCUCGGUGCACCUAAUAGUCCACAAUCAUCACUCCCACCGAGUGAUGACAUCACCGGUUCGGCGUUAGACGUCGGACCGGUGUUGGCCUCCCAGAAUUUUGAAAAUGAAUGAGUUCUGUGACUGACUACCUGAUAACUUUUCUACAUUAGAUAUAUAUACUAGAACUUGAAUGACGGUGGCUCCAACAAACAUUUAAAAUAUGAUUUGUUGCCCCCCCCCCCUUUCCUCCCCUCAUCGAAUCAAUAAGUGUGCUGAAAAUGCAGCCUUUGCACCCGCGUCCUUGAUUGGCACUUGACUGUGAUUUGCAACCAAGCCCAGGUCCAAUUGUGGCCAGCCGUAAACAACGCUGCUGCAUUUUAUGAUUCUGAGCAGAAGUUUUAGUCCUUUUUUUUUUUUUUGGGUGCUUUUAGCGGACGGACAGGGAAAAUGGGUGCUAAAUAUGGAACACGCUGUUGCGCAUUCACACCUUUGAGUAUGCAAAUGCACGGGCUGAUCAGACGGCCAAACGGACGGUCAGUGGAAGCAAAUAGUAUUAGAGAGUCCAAAUACGUCCUCUCAAAGAGGACCUCCCCUCAUUGUAAGGUGACCUGUCAGACAGGUGAAUUUUUUUUUUUUCUUCCUGCAGUGUUUACUUUUCUCUUCCAGCGUGCGAGUUGCAGGAAUGAAGGCCAAGUUGAGUUUGCGUUUCGUGCAGGGGUGGGCAAACUACGUAAGGCCCGCUUGGUGCUUUUUUUUUUAUUAUCUGACCUGCUGCUCGUUUGCGCUACCAAGAAAGCUUUAUUUGUUGUUGUUCUUAAAGCGGUUAAUUGAAAUGUAGUUGAUCUCGGUCAAGAAUUUGGUUAUUGAUUUUUGAACAGCUCGAUAUCAAUUUUCUAAGUUUAUAAUUACAUUAAUUAUAAAUACAAUAAGAUCAACUUGAAUUAUUUUGAGAUGAACGACUUUGAUUAACUUUCUAUCAUUUUUUAAAUUAAAUUAUCAUUAUGCUGUUGAUUUAUUGUAAAUAAGCACAUUACAUUUUAUAAUUGUAUUAUGAAAACAUCCUAUUCACUUUAAAAAA